AACACCCGACCGAACCGAAGCCAAGAACGCAGGAAAGCUUCCCCUCUUCGCCACGAAUCUCUCUCUCUCUCUCUCUCCGAAAUCUUUGGAAUUCCUUCGCUCCGAAUCUCUCCCCCAGCGUUGCUGGCUCGGGUGCUUCUCAGCGGCCGCCACCUUUUAGUCGUUCCCCGUCCGUGCCUCUCUUUCCCGCACGUCUGGUUCUUGACGGUUGUUCAACUGCUGCUGUCUUGCUUAUCUCUCUCUCUCUCUCUCUCUCUGUCGAAGCUGCACACUCCUCUUGUUUCGGGGAGAAGAGAGCGGGAGGGGGUGUGCUUGAUUUCCUGCUUUGGAAAAAAAAUGCUUCUUCCCAUCAAUUGACGGCGCACCCACCAUGGAUUUGGAACCUGGGAAUCGUCAGAAUGGUCAUCUGAAGAAGAAGGAGUCGUGGGGGGCCGUGCUGACUCUGGCUUAUCAAAGCCUCGGGGUCGUGUACGGGGACUUGAGCACCUCGCCGUUGUACGUGUACAGGAGCGCAUUCGCUAAGGACAUUCAGCACUCGACGACCAACGAGGAGAUAUACGGCGUCUUGUCCUUCGUCUUCUGGACCCUCACUCUAGUGCCUCUGCUCAAGUACGUUGUCAUCGUGCUGAGGGCCGACGAUAAUGGGGAAGGAGGGACCUUCGCUCUCUACUCGCUGCUGUGCCGACACGCCCGAGUCAACUUGCUGCCCAAUUGCCAGGUGGCGGACGAGGAGCUCUCCGAGUACAAGAGGGACGGCGCUAGUUUGUCGCCGAAGGCGGGGUUCGGGUUGAAGCUGAAGUCGACUCUCGAGAGGCACGGAGUGUUGCAGAGGUUGCUGCUUGUCCUGGCUCUGAUUGGGGCUUGCAUGGUGAUUGGUGAUGGUGUGCUCUCGCCGGCUAUAUCAGUUUUUUCAGCAGUGUCGGGCCUGGAACUUUCUAUGUCCAAGGAGCAUCAUAAAUACGUAGAAGUACCGGUUGCGUGUGUCAUUCUGAUUGGUUUGUUUGCCCUUCAACAUUAUGGCACCCACAGAGUUGGCUUCUUGUUUGCGCCUGUGAUGACAAUGUGGCUCCUGUGCAUCAGUGCCAUCGGGUUAUAUAAUAUAUUUAGAUGGAAUCCUCAUAUAUAUCAGGCACUUUCACCACGUUAUAUGUACAUCUUUUUAAGGAAAACUCGAAGAGGAGGUUGGAUGUCCCUGGGUGGAAUACUGUUAUGUAUAACAGGUUCAGAAGCCAUGUUUGCUGAUCUAGGCCAUUUUUCGCAACUAUCAAUCAAGAUUGCCUUCACCUUUAUGGUCUAUCCAUCCCUGAUUCUUGCAUACAUGGGGCAGGCCGCAUAUCUCUCACAGCAUCACAGCAUUGCAAGUGAAUAUAAAAUUGGAUUUUAUGUAUCUGUACCAGAGAAGUUAAGGUGGCCAGUGCUGGUCAUUGCCAUACUUGCUGCCGUUGCGGGAAGCCAAGCCAUAAUCACUGGAACUUUUUCAAUUAUUAAACAGUGCUCUGCUCUGGGUUGCUUCCCCAGAGUUAAAAUAGUGCACACAUCAUCGAAAAUUCAUGGCCAGAUUUACAUCCCAGAGAUUAACUGGAUCUUGAUGAUGUUAUGCUUAGCAAUCACUAUUGGGUUCAGGGACACAAGCCACAUGGGGAAUGCAUCAGGUUUGGCAGUUAUAACGGUCAUGCUGGUUACGACGUGUCUGAUGUCUCUCGUCAUAGUCCUCUGCUGGCACCAGAGCGUUAUCGUCGCAGUUUGUUUCAUACUUCUCUUUGGCACCAUUGAGGCGCUCUUCUUCUCGGCUUCCCUCAUCAAGUUCCUCGAAGGAGCAUGGGUCCCGAUCGCCUUAUCAUCCGUCUUUCUCAUGGUGAUGUACAUCUGGCACUAUGGUACACUCAAUGCAUAUGAGUAUGAUCUUCAGAACAAGGUCUCCAUUGAUUGGAUUCUCGGGUUAGGCCCCAGCCUGGGCAUAGUACGUGUACGAGGAAUUGGGCUAAUCCAAACGGAGCUGGUUUACGGGAUUCCAGCCAUCUUCUCCCACUUUGUCACCAACUUGCCAGCAUUCCACCAAGUCCUGGUCUUCCUCUGCAUCAAGUCGGUUCCAAUCCCACACGUUAGGCACGAGGAGAGGUUCCUUGUGGGCCGCAUCGGUUCGAGGGAGCACAUGAUUUAUCGGUGCAUCGUGCGUUAUGGGUAUAGAGAUGUUCACAAGGAUGAUGUGGAGUUCGAGAGGGAUCUCGUAUGUAGCAUCGCGGAGUUCAUACGCUCGCAGGGCAUGGGUGCCACUGCUGGGAAUGGAGGCUUUCUGGAAGAUGGCAAAAUGACAGUGGUAGGGACUUGUUCUUCUCAUCCCAAUGGGAUUCAAAUGAGCGAGGAUGAGAAGGACCCUGCAGAGCUACCGUCUUCGUCGGAGCAAAAGGAGAUAAACUCGCCACCGCGGCCCAGGUUGGGGAAGAAAGUGAGGUUCCUCAUGCCGGAGAGCCCAAAGAUGGAUCCUGAAGCGAUGGAGGAGUUGUGCGAACUAAUGGAAGCCCGGGAAGCGGGAAUAGCAUACAUUCUGGGGCAUUAUUACGUGAGAGCGAAGCGAGGAUCGGGACUAAUCAGGCGGCUUGCGAUAAAUCUCGGCUACGACUUUUUGAGGAGGAACUUCAGAGCACCGACGCAUGCGAUAGACGUGCCCCACGUAUCCAGUAUAGAAGUAGGCAUGGUUUGCCAUAUCUAAAAGUUUUGGUAAGAUGCAGGAGGGACGUCUGUAAAUGCAAAUGAAAAGUGGUAACAACAUACAGGUGAAGAGAAUAGAAAUAAGGGAAAUGAAGAAAAACAAAGGUGUGACAGAAGAUAGUAGGUUGGUUAUAUACAGCAUCAUUAUCAACAGUGAUUUUCCCAAA